AAACUUUAAACCCCUAUAAAUCAAGAAAGGAGAAAGAGAAGAAGAAUCAACAAAAAAAAAACAGAAGCAAUCAAUGUCUUAUUCUUCCAUCAAAUUGCCAAUCUUUCUCAUUCUCUCAUCUCUUCUCCAUGCCGCUUUAGGGGAAGAAAUCAUUUGUGAGAAUCUGCCCGCUAGUAUGUGCGCGUUCUCGAUAUCUGCUACCGGGAAAAGAUGUUUACUGGAGACAGCUAACGUCGCCGGAGAAUACACUUGCCGGACUUCCGCGGUGGAAGUUAAAGGAAUUGUAAACCACGUGGAGAGCUACGAGUGUGUAGCCGCUUGUGGUGUUGAUCGGAAAACCGUAGGGAUCUCAUCGGACGCAAUGAUGGAGGCAGGAUUCGCCGCUAAGCUUUGCUCUCCUGCUUGUUUGGAUUAUUGUCCUAACAUUCUUGAUCUUUAUUUCAAUCUCGCUGCCGGUGAAGGUGCAUUCUUACCUGAUCUGUGUGAUGCUCAACGGACAAAUCCACACCGUUCGAUGUUGGAAAUGCUCAGUUCUGGCGGGGCUCCUGGGCCUGCUUCUGAGACAGCUCCAGGCCCUGUCUCCGACUCCGACUCCUCAGCCCCUGCUCUAGCUCCGGCUGCUAUGUAAAAUUUUAUUUUGGGAGAAGCUGCUAUGUAAAAUUGAUGUAAUUAAUUUCACGUGUGUCAUGUUUAUGUUUAAUAUUUUGAUUGUUGAUCAAUAAUGAAUCAUAUCUCUUUAUAUGAUUUGAUGCUAGCUAAUCAAGUGAUUCAUAUGAGAAGAGGAUUCAGAGUGAGUUUGAUUUGUGCUUCUGUUUCGUAACAUUUCCCAAUGUAAUAACACUUUUUGUA